CGUUCGUUCAUCUCACUCACUGUUUCUCUUGCGAAUUUGACUUGUUUUUGUGUUGCUAAUAAUUUUGAAACGCACAUUUAUAGUUGUAAAUCUUAAAAUUAACUGUUGUGUAUAUUUUUUACACAAAAUUAAACGGAAUAUUUUGAAAUAACUGUUUAAAAAUUCCAUUUCUACACCGACCUUGUGAAAAAGAACCCAGUGUAUUUUGUUUGACACAUUGAAGAAAAAGUGAAUUAUUUAUCUCAUUUAAAUAGUGUGUCUGGAUAUAUUGUACAUAUAAAGUAUAGCUCAGGAAUAAUGUACAACUAAAUGGAUAAUACAAAAAGAUAAGAUCAGAGCAAGAGUAUGCAUACAGAUGCGUGUGGUAAACACCACCUGGAGCUCAGGCGUGUGAACUCACCAUGACUAUGUACCCUAUGUCUGGAAUGGUAGCAGCUCCACAGCAGGCAACUAACGAGGUUGCCCAAAACGGUAGUACUACUUUGCCUCGGUCACAUCACCAAAGAACAGGGAGACCACCAGCAGCUCCAAAGUCCUACGACUACUUACUUAAAGUACUCCUUGUUGGAGACUCAGAUGUUGGCAAACAAGAGAUACUCCAAGACUUAGAAGAUGGCUCUGCAGACUCCCCAUUUUGCAGUGGCAGUGCCUACAAAACAACAACAAUUUUGUUAGAUGGCAAAAGAGUGAAGCUACAGUUAUGGGACACGUCAGGGCAAGGCAGGUUCUGCACAAUCAUUCGUUCAUAUUCGAGAGGAGCGCAAGGCAUUUUAUUAGUUUAUGACAUUACCAAUAAAUGGUCUUUUGAUAGUAUUGACAGGUGGCUAGAAGAAGUUGAAAAGCAUGCACCAGGGGUUCCAAAAGUAUUAGUUGGGAACCGAUUACAUCUAGCCUUCAAACGACAAGUACAAGAGCGUGACGCUGAAUUGUAUGCAGCCAAAAAUCAUAUGGCAUUUUUUGAAGUCAGCCCCUUGUGUGAUUUUAAUAUUAGAGAAAGUUUUUGUGAGCUUUCAAGGAUGGCAUUGCAUAGAAAUGGCAUGGAAAGAUUAUGGAGGAGCAAUAAAGUACUAAGCCUCCAAGAGCUAUGCUGUCGCGCGAUCGUAGCUCGCACAUCUGUGUACGGAUUGGAGCGGCUACCGCUGCCGACCACGCUGAAGUGUCACCUGAAGUCGUAUGCGAUCUCCGCAGCGCCGAGCCGGCACCGUGCGCGGACUACAAAACAUCCGCACCACACACGCCUCAAUUGCACUGGCCGCAAUUCGUGCACAAUCGCUUGAAAACGUUGAGUGAUCUAAAGGUGGACCAUAAACUAAAGGAACAAAAAGCUAAAAUUAAAUAUAAUCAAAACAAAGUAUGUUUAGCCUGAAAGAACAAAAUUGUUCAUAAAACAGUAGGAGUAAAGUGAGACUGUACUUAGAAUGCUCAUAAAGCUUUCAAUAUGUUUUGUUCUCUUGGUCUAAUUCCACUUUUACGUGUGACGACUGAACAUUGAUAUGGUUCGUAUCUGUGAAGGAUGUGGAUUCGUAAUGUCAAUAAAUCGAUUACAAUCUGAGGACCGUUUCGAACCUGGGAUGAUGUGAAAUUUGAGUAAUGAACUAGAUAUCUGUGCAUAUCUCGAAACGUUGUUUGACAAUUUUGUACAAAAUAUUUUUUCAGUUAACACUAUAUAUAAUAUUCACAAACUUUCCGACUGCCAGUAGUAAAUUCCUACACACACAUUAUAUCCCGCGUGUUAAUUAACGAAUGGCGUUUCUGAUUACUUCUGACGGAAUAACCUCACUACUUGCGGAAAGAAAUCAGAUUAUUUAUGCACUAAUCAUUUAUUUAUCAUAUUUAUAAAGUAUUUAUAAUAUUUUUUAAGUAAAAAAAUAAUUAAACAAACAUAUCUUUAUUAGUGGUUAUGAUUUUAGAUUAUCAUAAAUUAAUUUUUAAUUAUUAUUACAAAAUUCAACCAACCACGUAAAUUGAUAUGCUAAAUACAUUGAGUUUAUUUCAACGUGUAUUAAUAUUAUACAUGAAGUAUUAUUUUAAUUUACAUUUGAUGUUAUUGAUACAAUAGUAAUAUUAUCCUGUACAUCGGUGGGUAGUUCGUUAAUGGAUCCAAGAACUAGAUAAUCAACCAUACACUCACCAUAACAGUUAUUUAAGCGAGUGCUAUUAUUACAGUUGUUUCCGACAGUCCGUGUGUAUACAGCAUGAUUCAUUCAUUCCAAUAUUUUUUGUUAAAAAAGUUUUACUUAAGCAAUAUAUAUUUAAAUUGUAAGUAUGCAUGUAAAUAUUGAAAAAGGCCAAUAUCGUCUAUAAUACUGCAUCUUAAUUUUUAGAGAUACAAUUUGUUUAAAAAACUCAAUUCAACUUCCUGAACAUUCGAGAUUAUCAGAAAUGCUAUACGUUACUCAACACAUUAUAUAUAAAUAAAUAUUCUAUAAUAAUAAUACUUAACCAGAAAAUUAUGAAAUUCUAAUUAAAAUGUCCAAAUAAGUUGGAAUUUUCCUAACACAAAAGCAGGCUGUAACUAACAACGGAUUUGUGACUAGGUAAUAGGGACACUAGAUUAGAUAUUGUUACUUAACAAAUAUGUGAAUAUAAGUGUUAUUUAAUUAUAAUAAUGUGAAUAUUUUGUAGUGUGGCAAUAAGGCCAUUCAUUUGUCCAUCUAUUGUACGAAAAUACUUUAAAACUGUACUAAUAUUAUUGUUACGUGCCUAGCGAUAUGAAUAUAGUGAUCUGGUGAUAAAAACAACAGGUUAUAAGUGCCAUGAUUUUUCUGGUGCACUAAAUCGUUGUAAUAUUUAUGCUUUUACAACACGUAUAAUACAAACUACAUACCUAUCUUAACGCAUCUAACCACAUAAUCCCACUUAUAUUGUACCUAUAUGUGAGUUUGUAGUGACAUCUAAAAAACGGCGGAAUAGAUCUGAAUUUAGUUUGGCAUUUAGAUGAACUAUACCUUAAAUUAUUUUUUACAUUACUAUACAGAUACUUCAACCUAUGUUUCCCUGUGGCAUAUUUCAAGCUUAGAUUACAUAAUGCAACUAAUUUCAUUUAUUACGCAUGAAUGUAAUUAUGAUAUUAACCCCACGAAACUAGUUUCAAUAGUGCACUCAAUAUGCAGAUAUUUUCGCGACAUUAAUUUCGAGUUUAUAUGAUUGAUUUAUCAUGACGUUUCGUUUUAAUAAAACUAGUUUUGCAAUGUAAAUUAGGUUUUACAAUCUGAGUCCACGCAACCAAUAUAUGCAAAUUAUUUUCUGUACAUCCUUUUAUACAUUUUUGUUUUGCUAGUUAUAAAAUGAAAGGCAAAAUUAAUAUCUAUAUCUCCACCAUUCGUAUCUACAUACAUUAAUAAGUAUAAUUAAGCCAAUUAACAUAUAUCGGAGUUCUUGUAAAUUUAGCAUGUGAGUUGUGCGAAUUCACCUAUUGUCCACUAUUAUAAGUAUGUAAUUUUUCACAUUGUAUCAAUAAAAAUUGUACAUAUUUUGGCUAAAUUUAUAAAUAUUGUGAAGAGUUCAUUGCAUACUAAAAGUUUGAAGUACUACAAAUAUGAACGUCAAUGUAAUAAGGCGGCUAUUUUCUGAAACAUUAUUUACUAGAUAAUAAUAAUUUGGUAUGUUACCGGUUAUUUAUCCACUUUAGUAUGUUUAUUCCUAAUCUGCGUAUUAUUUUUUGUAAUAAAGGUGUCAAAAUAUUUUUGACAUUUUAAAAUAUUUAUUUUGGUAAUGCUAUAUCCCUUAAAAUGGGUAAAAUUAAUUACAAUGUUUUUCAUCAAUAAUGUGCACUGUAAAAACUUACAGACUGCUACUAUUCAACAAUUAAUUGAGGACUCAUGCUGGUGGAAAUGUGCUGUUAGUCUGUAAAAAGGCUAAAAAGCAGUUCAGUAUUAAUAAUGUAAUUUGUUUCUCCUAAUUUUUUAUGAAGUGUUUACAUCACUAUAAUUUACUGGACCAACAUUUAUGACUAAAUCGAAAAAUUUUCCACGCCAAAUGAAAAGUAAUGAGGAUGCCACGAAUGACACAUUAAUUAUAUCAAAUGCAAAAAUUAUUUUGGCGUUUUGUAUGAUAAAUAUACUUUUUAUAUGAUUGUAUAGUAAUGGCAAAAACAACUUGCAUGUAAUUAGAUAAAUUGCCGUUUAUACAUACAUUGACAUUGGGACAUUUAGGACAUUGUCGUUAUCUUGAAAAUAAUAAGUAAUACUUUUACGCAAUAGAUCAAUAUUUCAAACGGUACAGAUUCGUACAAUCCGUCCCUACGACUAGCAGAACUAAACUUACUUUUAGCAUUGGCAGUACACGUAAUGUAUGGUAAAUAAAUUAUCUUUUGGAUGGUUGGUACAUACAGCGAAUAUACGAUCUGGAAAUUCAGGUCACUAAAUGCGAUGUAGCAUGAAAACAAAUGCUAAAAUGACCUAUUUUGAUACAGCAGCCGAACGUUGAAACGUGACAUCUUUGCAAUCGGAAAAUCGCUGAUGCUAAAAGUAUUAUAUGUGUGUAAUGGCCCUUAUCGACGUAUUUACUUUUUGUUCUUAUUUUGUUUUAUAAUGACUAAUCAUCUCGGCAUAUUCGUUGAUCUUUGUUAUGAAAUGAAAUCAAUAUUUUUAAAAAGUAAUGUGUAGUUUUGUAUUAUUAAAAACAAAAAUAUUGUUUACUUGGUAGAAAUCUAGAACAAAAUUUCAAUACAUUGAACAAAUACAUAAAAAUUUUUCUUUUCUAAAUACGCGUUAGAUAAAAAUUAAUGCAUUAAUUUGAUUAUAUUUUAUAUUAUGGUAUUUUGGUAUUAAUUGCAAUUUUAGAUCACAUGCACGUUACUUUUUUAAAAUUUAGAACCACUUUAUCUGAACCAAUAUAGAGUACGGAAAUGGACUUAUAUUUUUUAUUCUUUUUUAAUAAUGUAAAAACAUAUGUAAAAAUAUUUUCAAUAUUCUGAUAUUUUAAUGUAGUAUUAUACCAAAAAUGAAUGUUUUUUUUUUUGUAUACUAUUCUAAAUUCAAAUCGUUAAAGUUUAACAAGUGCACGUUACACCAACCGCAGUUAUUGUAUAUAUAUUGUUUUUAUUAUUUACUUAUUUUCAUAUUUUGUGAUAGUUUUAGUUUAUAUAAAUCCAAAUACACUAAUGCAAGCUAAAAGUUUGGGUUAGAUAUACAGUCAUAAUGUUAUUUCUGCUAUUAUUGUAAGUUGUGAAAUAAAACUAAUUUAUAAUUAAA